GAGAAUGAGAGAGAGAGAGUGCGCCUGGGCGAGUGUGUGUCUGCGGGGAGAGGCACUUGCAUUGUCUCGGGACCCGCAGCUCCGCGUUGAGGAGAUGUUUGCAAGCCCCUUGGAUGCACAUUUCCUCUUCUUUUCUCUUUCUUUUUGUCAGCGGUUCAGCGAGGAAGAAUGCCUCCAACCCAACCCAACCCAGGCCAAUAUGCUCUCACCAAUGGGGACCCCCUGAACGGUCACUGCUAUCUGUCUGGAUACAUCUCACUGCUGCUGCGGGCCGAGCCCUACCCUACCUCCCGCUACGGCAGCCAGUGUAUGCAGCCCAACAACAUCAUGGGCAUAGAGAACAUCUGCGAGCUGGCCGCCCGCCUGCUCUUCAGCGCCGUCGAGUGGGCCCGCAACAUUCCCUUCUUCCCGGACCUGCAGAUCACAGACCAGGUGGCCCUGCUGAGGCUCACGUGGAGCGAGCUGUUUGUCCUCAACGCUGCGCAGUGCUCCAUGCCCCUCCACGUGGCCCCGUUGCUGGCCGCAGCCGGCCUGCACGCCUCGCCUAUGUCCGCCGACCGGGUCGUGGCCUUCAUGGAUCACAUCCGCAUCUUCCAGGAGCAGGUGGAGAAGCUUAAGGCCCUGCACGUCGACUCCGCGGAGUACAGCUGCCUCAAAGCCAUCGUCCUCUUCACUUCAGAGUCAGAAGGAGCCAAAAGAAAACCAUUCUCUAGCAAAGAUGGCAAAGCUCUCCCAAGGCCUUGUUGA